AUGGACGGGGAGGAGUUGACGGCAGAGGAGGCUGCAAGUUUGGAGACUUUUAUCUUGGAUGGGACGGGUGCAGUGUUGCCCUGCUUGCCUCCGCAUGUGACAACACCAAUUGGGCGGAGUGUGGCGCGCCUUGCACGGGCAGGGGUGGCGGUCCUGGAUAAUCUCAUGUACCUCUUUGGUCUGAUCCUCGUCUUUCUAGCCAUUACGUUAAUUGGCGCCAUUGUCUACUGUUACUACAAGAUUUUGAUGCCCUAUUUGUACGCCACCUCUUCGAACGAGGCCUUUGUUUGCCACUUCCUCUUUGCCCAUUGGCUCUUGAUCAACAUUGCGUUCAACUAUGGCAUGGUGGUAAUGACAGACCCCGGCAAAUUCAAACCAACCCGGGUCAGCGAUGCCGAGCACGAGGCAUACACCCGCAUAUACCGACCCGACUACUGCUUCAAGUGCCGUAGCUUGCGCCCUGCUCGGGCACAUCACUGCAGCAUUUGCAAGCGUUGUGUCUUGAACAUGGAUCAUCACUGCCCAUGGAUCAACAACUGUGUCGGGCAUUUUAACCAUCGGUACUUUUUUCUUUUCAUGGCCUUUUUAUGGGUGGGCUGCAUCUACAUCAUGUGUGUGGCUGGGAACCUCUAUCUCAAGAGAGCUCGUGCACGAGUUUUACUCGUGAGUGAUCCUAGCCACCCGUUGGUGAACGAGGUCCGAGAACUUCAUCACCUUGGCUACUUGGGCAAGGGCGUCACUUUUGCUACCAUCUUGACCUUUGCCGUUGCCUUUGCUUUGGGCAUCUUGCUUUUCAGUCACGUGUUAUUUGUGUCGCGUGCGGAAACCACGAUCGAGUUUCAACAGAAUUUCCGCCAGUGUUGGCGCGAUCGGUCCUUCCGCCAUCCAUAUUCCAAGGGCAUCUGGACCAAUUGGAAGAAUUUUCUUGGCCUCUCUGGACGCCGCACGCUAUUGAGCGUGCUCUUUCCCAGCACACACCCGCCUAUUGGGGACGGCAUUAGAUGGACGCAUUUGCUACCCCCACAGACACCAGGCCGUGUCGUUUAGUAGAAGGCGAGCACCCUUUGUUCUAGGAAACCUCGGAAGCAGGGGUUUGGACACUGUGUGUCAUUUUUUUGAAUCAUUAGGUUGUUUUGGGGUUUCUUCCUUGACCAAUCCAGUGCAAUGCAAUGCUC